AAUAAAUCGAAACCUAAAGAAUGGCUGGUGUGUUACCGACCAAAAGGAGUACAUCUGGUCGAAAACAGUGGCCUAUUCAUGAAGGCCCCAGGAGUUCAUUGAAACGUCUGCGAAACCAACUGGCCAAUGAUGGAUGCCCAGAAUCUCAAGUUGUCCUGGCCAAGCAGCUCUUUGAUCAUGAAGAUACAGAUACACAUGAUGAUAAGGUGGAGAAUGCCCGAUCUGGAGUGUACUGGCUCAUAAAAGCUUCUGAACAAGGUAACAAGGAAGCCACUGAAAUGCUGAAGAAGUGCUUGGAUACUGGAGAGGGAAUUUGCGAGCACAAUUACAUGGACGUGAAGAACUGCCUGACGAUGUCGCAGGAUGAGAAGGUGGCAGUGAGGGCAGCGAGGGAGAUGUUUGCGAGACUUUCCAACGGAAGCGAGUACAUAACUUCGGAUCAACUUCAGCGGAAGAUGUUAGCGAUUGAAAAGGACGAGGAGCAAAGCAAGAAGAUGGAAUCUGAGACUGCGAACGGCGUGUCUUCGAACGGGGAUAUAAUGAAUAAGUUCCAUGAAGAUGAGAGCGAAGAAGAGGAUUGGACGCAGCGGUCAGAAACCAGCGAGAAGUUAACCGAAGACAACUUAGUCGCCGCUGCGGUAGAUUAUUCUCACGGUCAACUUCCUGAAGUUAAUCGAGUUCUAUGCUUGAACGAUCCUAACCUGCAUGCCCUUGACAACGUUCCGAUUAUACAAAGAUCCGUGCUACAUCCGUUCCUAGCGCUGAAAAUACUUUACUACAAAGUGAUUCGUUUCCUAGGAAGCUUCUCUUAUUGGCCCGUGCUGCGAUCCGACAUUCAACUAUGCAUUUUACUGGCAAUAUACACGCUGCUAAGCUCCGACAGUGUGCUUUACUUCGUGCCGAUUGUAGUCUACUACACGACCAUAGCGAUUAUGGUGAUGAUGACGUUCCGAAUGCUGCAGACCAAUCGGGAAUUCUACGAUUUUCGGAUUUGGUCCGGAUUGUUCAUAGCGUAUUCGGGUGGGGAACUCAACGCGGAAGAGGCGGAAUUUCAGUACAUCAGGAACAACCUGAAACCUUACGGCGAAUUCUUCGUCGCGCUGCUGGUCAAUCUGCUAAUUUAUCCGGUGAUAGCCGAGCAGAAUAUACCGCAAUCCGAAUUGGCCAUAUUCGCCUUUUUAAUCACCUUCAUGACGCUGUUUGGAUUCAUGUACAAGCGUCGCUCGAAGACGGUGGUGGAUUUCCUGGUGCUCUUCAGUUUCGCUGUGAAUGUGAUGGCUAAAUAUCCGUAUGAGACCGAUCCUGUCGUGACACAGGGUUGGAGGUUCCUCGACCUGAAGAUACCGACGUUCGCUAGUUAUAUCAUCGGGAAUGGUAUAGAGUUUUGCUUAAACUUCAGGACGCUACUGUACGUUUUCAUCGUCCUCGUCUUCUUCCGCAUUGCCUAUAGGGAGAACUGGAGAGGAAUUUACAAGUUUUUGAUACCUCACUGCGUGACCCUCAGCUGGCUUCAGGUAGUCAUAAUCAGUUCGCAAGGCGCCACCAUGUUUGGAUUAAUCAGAGGCACUUUAGCUCUUGUUGGUUUCGUGCUUUUCCUACCCUUAGUAGGUUUGACAACAAUUUUACUGCCGGCUUUAGCCUUAGCUAAAUGGUUUAUAACCAGCGAUUACCUGUACACGAUCCUGGUAUUCAUAGUGUUGACCACGCUGUUUUUAAGCAUUUGCUUCCUCAUGGCGCAGAGCAGGUUCAAAACUUACACCAGUUUCGCGCAGGUUUUAAUCGCUCUGUUGGCAUUGUAUUUCCUCAUCAAUUCCGCGGUACAGGAUCCGAAAAUUUCCAAGAUGUUAACGGUGGAGAAUCAUCCGACCAAGAGUAUAAAUUACGAAACGUACCAGAAGUUCUGUCACGAUGAUAAUAAUAUGGCGAACGUGCAGAUCCGCUGCUCCAAGCUGGAGAACGUCUUGGUCAAUUGGGAUGGGUACAUCAAAGACAUUCGUAUCAAGAGCACAAGGAACAAGUACAAAUACUUCUUCGACAAGUUACCAAAGUUCAUUUCAGAUCAGCUCUACUGCUACUACGGUGAGAAAAUUGUCGCCAAUUGCUACGAAUCUGAUUGCGAUCUCUUCUACGAUCUGAUUCGAUCGAGCAGGGUGUGUACAUUGGAUAAGUACGAUCAGUACACGUUCGAGAUCAUUAUCAAGAUGCAGUCUAGCCUUUGGGGAAAGUCUGCUGAGGUUGCCUUGUCAUUAGGACACGGCUUCAAGAAUUUCACCAUGAAACUGCAGAAGAACGAUCAGGUGUGGUUCAAAGGAUCUCUAACGGAUGAUUAUCCACGGCAGGCUGUUAAAGUGCUGGAAGUGGGUUGCAUCACUUGCACCGAUCAGGAACUGACCAGUGUUAAGUUCGUGGAGAAAGGUUACAAUUCGGAGUGUUUGCUGGAGGAUCUCAACGCCGGUUUGCGAACCAUUUUGAACUUUCUUUUCUAUCCAAUAGUCAUUUUCAAAUAAGUGUGACUUUUUCUCUAAGUUAUUUUCUAUUUAUG